AUGAGUAAUCCAACAACAAUAAAUAACAAUAAUAAUCCACAACAACAACAGCAACAACAACAACAACAACAGCAACAACAACAACAAGAACAACCAACAUUGCCUUCGCCACGCAUUAACAACUUAUCCAGCAGCCCCAUCUACAACUAUAUGCAACAGUUGAGACAAGCACAGCCACAGCAGAAUACUAUCCACACCACUAGUAACAACAAUUCAAAUGGAUACCACAUGCCACACUCACAACUCCCGAAACAAGAAGGAAGCCCAGUAGAAACAAACACAAAUUCUGCCACUAAACAACACCUGGAUACUACUCAACCUCCACUAUCCGAUGAAUCCAUUGCACCCCCAGCUUCCGCUUCAGCAUCAGCUUCCGCUUCAGCAUCAACUAAAAAAGCACUAUUGUCAACUUCCUCACCAGAAGGUAUACAAGUAGCCUCCCAGAUUACACCCACAAGGCUAGCCAACUUGUUAAUCAGAAAAGGCCCCUUACCCAUUCGUCACAUCACUGCACAAUUAUCCUUAGAAGUUGGCUCUUUUGAACUCUUGAGUCUAAGCAAACAAAGAAGGCUCAUCAUGGCUGCAAUGGAACAAAUGGACCCCGUGAACAAUGUCGUGUUUGAGAAAAUAGGCUGGGGCCAAUGGGCUGUAAGGAAAAUAGACAGCGAUUAUAUCUUCACCGAGGGCAGCGAAACUUUAGAAAAGGACCAAGCUACAGUAGGAGAAGACGGUACAAAGAUUGGUAGUAAAAUGAGACCAAAGUCAAUGUCUUUUGAUACUGUUGAUAACAAAAAAGUGAUAAAUAUCAACGACUUGCGCAACCAAACCAACUUGAAAUUGGGAUGGCUGAAAAAGAAGAAACAACAAGAGAAAACACAACCAUUAUCACAAAAUUCACAACUGUCACAUCCAUCCACGUUGAAAUCUUUGGUCAAUAAUGAUUUGGAUAAACUUAGAAGAGAGUCUAUCACAAACCAAGUGAGAAACUUGCACGAUUUGAAAUUGCCCAACGAAAGCAUCGAUAAUGCUAUUGCAUCUGACUCGGAAGAAGGCGAAGAAGAAGAAGAAGAAGAAGAGGAAGAAGAGGAAGAGGAACACGUUGGAAUGGAAGGUAUGGGCUACUUGAAGAGACACAAUAAUGGACUAUACGAAGAAGACGAAGAGGCCAAUGACGACUAUGAUGACGAGGAGAAGGAACAGGAUGAAGAAAUGUUUGCCUUUGACGAGACAGAACACAAAAACACUAGCACAAGUAAUGCAAAUUCCAAGGUCAAGAGAACAUCACCACCUAUUAAGUUUGCAAGACGAGUCCCAGGAAAAUUGCACUCGCCGCCAAUACUGCUGUCCGUGUCAUCUUUUGACUCUAAAUCUAAAGCACGAAGGAGAAAAUCUUCUUCGUCGGCGCCAAGCUCAGUCACCAAGCCAUCAACCAUGAGACAAUACUACGCUGGAACGUACCAACACCAUCACAACUAUCUACACCCCCAACUGCUUGGUACAAACAGCAAUAGUAGUCGCUCACGGUUAGACUCCCUAGACAAUUUAGACAAUUACAUUGUAUCUUCAGCAAGAAACUCUACAGUGCUGAUUAAUCUGCCGCCACCAUCAUUACCCACAAUAGCUUUUGCUAGUUCCGCAACGAUGUCGCCCGGUUUAACCAGUGGCUCUGCUUCGGCUCUCAGUGGCAGUUCGCCCAUUGGAUCAUUGACCACAAACCAACACGGCAACUAUUAUAUCCACAAUGAAGAGAUUGCCAAAGCCAAUAGAGAUCGAAGAAAAUCAUCGUUUAACGAGUCGCAUGUUCGAUCCACAUUGGUGGUACAGCAGCCUCCACUACAACAACAGCAACAACAACAACAGCAACAGCAGCAACAGCAGCAACAGCAACAACAACAGCAACAACAACAACAACAUCAGCAGCAGCAACAAAUAAAACAUAGCGUGAAUGGCGGUACAACAAGCAAUAAUGGCGCAGUGUCUAGCGACACCGAUGAGGAAGACUGGGAAUCCAUCGGGCCCGCAUUUUUGAGGUCUAGGAACCACACUGCAAACAGCAAUGGCGAACUAGAUACUACACAACAUCACCAGUUGGUGAGGAAACUCGUAGAGGAAAAAAACGGAAAGCAAAAUGCAGGGUUUGCUAGAGGAAGUAAUCCGGCAGCAAAUGGAGGAAUAAAUGAAGAUGACAAUGAAGCUGGCGAUGCAGAAAAAUCUGCUGCUUUCGCAUUGGUCAAUUUGAUGUCUGUGUGA